CAGAGAGUGGGUUCAGUUUCUUCGCAGAUCUUUCCGUUGCUAGAUGGUAAACCACUUCGAGUUUUAUUCGCCGUGGAUCUACUCAACACAGUUCGAAACUAUGAGUACAGUUGUGAAAUGACAUAACCGAAAGUUUUGAAACUUGUUGUUUUUAGUUUGAACCGUGACGUAUUUUGUUUUUGUUGCCCAAAACAUCGUCCAUGCGUGAAGCGAUGGAGCAUUCCCUGAAGCCGUACAAAACUUUACUUCGUAAAUUUGAAGGUAUGUCCCCGAUUUUUAGCAGAAAACAGAAAAAUCGGCAGCCAUUGAAGACGAAGUCGACGAACACGAGAGGGACUGACAACCCGCAUCUAUGGGGUGAGGAAAUAAAAGAUGGCGUUGUGUACAAUGUUUAUUUACGCAAAGUGAAAUAUUUCAACAGUGUAACAGCACCUCCAAGCAAUACGACACGUAAUCCAAUAUCACGCACAAACACAGACCCACAGCUCCUUAGUUAUUCUACCACUGCCAGCUUAUCCGGAGAAGAAUAUUCCGGAAUACAAUGGGAAACAAGGCGGGAAUACGUCAUAAAAUCUGCCACAUUAGAACGUUUAGUUGAAGAAUUAACGCAAGCAAUGAACCACAUGGAUUCAAGUUUUAUUAAUAUCUUUCUGAAUACCUACCAGUCAUUUACAUCCACCGAAAAGAUACUAAAUUUAUUAAUACAGAGGUACACAUUGGCCAGUGAUAGACACAGUGGUUCUAAAAGUCGGUCUAUGAAGAAAGGAACAAAGCUACUUAUCAGGAAAUCUGUGCAGUCGGUAUUAACAAUGUGGUUAGACGAGAAUCCAUCAGAUUUUCGAGAACCACCGAACUACCCAUGUCUGACCACGUUGAUGGAGUUUGCGAAGAACACCAUGCUAAACAAAGAAUUGACAGAAAGAUGCAGACGUAAAAUAGAAAGAUGGAAAAAUGAGGAUGAAAUUACUGAUAGUGAUAGUGUAUGUAGCGGUUCGUCAAUGAAUUCCUCAGCUGACAGUCAGUUCACGUUCUCAAUUGUUGAAGAAGUCGACAAUAUGAUGAACCCAAGAGAGUUCCAUCAAAUGGAAGAAGACUAUAUUGCUGAACAACUCACAUAUAUGGAUGCUACCUUGUUUCGACAAGUGGUAAUACCGCAUUGCCUUGGAACGCUAUGGUCAAAGAGAGACAAAGAAGACUCCAUAGCGUCAACUGUGAAAGCUACUGUUGAACAAUUCAAUAAAGUAUCAUAUCUAGUGAUAUCAACGAUACUCGGUGACCCAACACUGAAGGCAUCAUUGAGAGCUAAGAUCAUUACCAAGUGGAUACAUAUAGCACAGGAAUGUAGAAACUUGAAGAAUUUUUCAUCUUUGAAAGCAAUAUUAUCUGGUUUGCAAGCCAAUUGUAUUCACAGACUACGGAGGACGUGGACGGCAGUGCCAAAGGAUUCUGUGGUGAUAUUUGAAGAACUUUCUGAAAUCUUUUCACAUGAAAAUAAUCAUGAGGCAUGGAGAGAAAUUUUAAUGAAGGAAGGCACUGCCAAGUUUGUUGACAAAUCAUCUACAAUACGAUCGAGAACCAUGAGGAGAAAGUCUCUCAAGAAAGAGUUGUCUAGUAUCGUUCAUGGGACAAUUCCAUACCUGGGUACAUUCCUCACUGAUCUAAUGAUGAUUCAUUCAGCAUAUCCCGAUGAUAUAUUACAAAAUGGUUAUAUCAACUUUGAAAAGAAGAGAAAGGAAUUUGAACUUCUUGCUCAGAUUAGACUUCUGCAGAAGGCAGCUCAGAACUAUCACAUCCAUUCUGACAAAGAUUUCCAGAAGUGGAUGGAUGGAGUCAAGAUAUACACAGAUGAACAAAGCUAUCAUCUGUCAUGUAUUAUUGAACCGCUCAGUCCAAAGACACCAAGCCACAAAAAGUCACAGUUUAGUUUCGGAGGAACGUGGCGACGAAGAUCGGCUAUAUUUCAUUGGUCUUCAAGUGGGUCAUCUACAAGUUCAGAAGAUGGAGUCAGCGUUUCAAGUUCAGAUUCGCCAGCACCUGGAUUGAUGAGAAUGUCAAGAUCGUCAUCCUGCUCAUCCUUAUCAAUAGAAUUAUCAUCAAUCAGCUCUUCUUCAUCACUGACACCGUUGUCGCCUAGAUACCUGUCUCCAACAAGUUGUGCUAUCAAAGUGAGCAUGGAGAACAACUCAGACCAGGGCAAUAUUUACAAGAGUAUUUUAGUAAACCAUGAAGAGCAUACACCUGCUGUCAUAGCAACAGCAUUAUGCAAAUACCAAAAGGAUGAAGAACCAAUCAGCAGCUAUGAAUUAGUUCAGCUUCUGCCAGACGACGAAGAAAUGGUGAUCCCUGACAAGUGCAAUGUAUUUUAUGCAAUCAAUCAGUCUGCACCGGAUUUGACCUUUGAACUUAGGAAGAAGCAGUCACCAUCAGAAAAACGACCAGUGCUUAAAAAGAGAAAUAGUAGAAUAAAAUUACUGAUCAAGAAAAAAUCAUCUACUAGUUAG